AUGAAGAGAACGCGAGCUAGUUCGCAGGUAACGUCUACCAAAGAAGAAAUCAGAGACGAUUCCUCUAAAAAUGAAACCCAAAAGAAGUCAGAGGACAAUGAGUAUGAUUUAAUGGUAGAUACUAAAAACCUACAAAAUCAGAUAUUAAAUAAUGUAUCAGAAAGUGCAAGUAAAUCUGUUGGUAUUAUGAAGUCGUCUAAUGAAGUACUUUUAGAAGAUGUUACAAGCUCUGAACCCAAACAGAAAAGUAAACUUAAUUUGAGAAGCCUAAGAGACAGAAACAAAAAAAAUAGCGAGGAAUUGAAAUCAAAUCCAAUUCUCCCAAAAAAUAAGUCUAGAGCUGUAGUAGAUCUUAAAAUGAUGACGGAAGAAUUAAAACAGCUAGAAGAUCCUCCAUCAACUGAUUGGGAAAAGGAAAUAAGUUCUAACAGGCUACCGUUUUCAUUUUUUGAUUGUCCCUGUGAAGAAUUAGCUCAAAGUUUAUUAGGCAAAAUACUAGUUCGUUGUCUAGAAAAUGGAACUAUUCUGAAAGGUAGGAUUGUUGAAACAGAAGGUUAUUUGGGUGUGAUUGACAAAGCCUCACACACAUAUAAAAAUAAAAUUACUCCCCGAAAUAUACCAAUGUAUAUGCUACCAGGUACUAUCUACGUAUACAUGACAUACGGCAUGUACCAUUGUCUCAAUGUUUCUAGUCAAGGUAAGGGGUGUGCUGUUUUGAUAAGAGCCAUUGAACCCUUUGAAGGCAUUGAAUGCAUGGCUAGUCAACGAACAUCAAAGGGAACAUCGAGUGCACCUAAAAAGUCUUUGAGAAAUUUAAAAACACAUGAAUUAUGCAAUGGUCCAUCAAAGCUGUGUAUGGCUUUUCAACUUCAUAAAAAACAUAGUAAAUACUCGAUGUGUGCUUGGAGAGGUCUGUGGAUUGAAAGUGAUAACAUGAAUGAGGAAAUCAAAAUAGUAACAUGCCCUAGAAUAGGUAUAGAUGGCUACGGAGAAGAAUGGUCAAACAAACCAUUACGAUAUUACAUACACGGUAACAAAGCCGUGAGUAAACGAAAUAAGGGAGCUGAAUUAUCAUUAGGCCUAAACUAA